AUGUCAAUAUUCCGACCUAAAUCAUGGCGAAAAUCCAAAAAUCUAGGUACUCCCGGGCCCAAUUUUACUAUCGAUAAUGGACUGGGUACACCCGAUAUCCCACCUGCAACUCCAUAUACUAUUCAUGGUAGUACUUCCUCAUCCUACCAUAAUAAGAGUACGGCCAGGACAUCAGUCAAGGUAUCAACAAAUGUACCUCCCACUGCUCCUCCUGCUUAUGCUCCUACCUCCCCAGUGGAUGGGUUCAGAGAUAAAUCCGGUGAGGACCCUCUAGAAAUUCUAAAAGAGUACGAUACGGUCUUCCUAAUCGACGAUAGUUCAUCGAUGAAAGGUCGAAGAUGGACUGAAGCUCGUACUGCCCUCAUGGGCGUGGCUGACAUCGCCGCGAGGUAUGACCAAGAUGGGAUUGAUGUCAAGUUCCUGAACAGUAAGAAGGAAGGUAAUGGUUUAAGAACCGGAAAUCAAGUGAUGCAAUUGUUCGAAGCUGUAAAGCCCAGUGGAGCGACACCGACCGGUCAACGGCUCGAGAAUAUUUUGAGAGAAUACAUGAUCUCCCUUGAGAAAGGAAAUCGAACUUCUGCGAUGUUCACAAGGAAUCCAGGAGUAAAACCUAUGAAUCUAAUCGUUAUCACUGAUGGGGCUCCUACGGAUGAUCCCGAAAGUGUGAUAAUAACAUUUGCUAAACGCCUCGAUAAGGGUGAAUUCCCACUUUCUCAGGUUGGGAUACAAUUCCUACAAGUAGGCAAUGACCCAUCGGCCAAAGAAGCGCUUCAAGAGCUCGACGAUGGGUUAUCGGACAAACACGAUAUAAGAGAUAUGGUCGAUACUGUCCCAUAUUGCGGGCAGGAGUUGACAGCUGAAAUGAUCGUUAAGACUUUGAUUGGCGGUAUUAACAGACGUAUGGAUAGGAAAGCCUAG